AUGAGAAACCCUAAUGUAGAUAUAUUCGACCUCACGCACCCUGUUGUGUGGAAAGACAUGCUGAACAUUUACGAAGAGAUUAAUACAACGCAACUUAAACAAUGGCAGCUCUGCUUCAACUGCGGUUUCCCCGAAAUGGGCACUGCCAUUCACUAUCAAUACUUCGGGUGGAAUGCCUUAAAGCCAGGAGCUAUACCCGUUCAGAAGUUGCUGACCAGGCUCAUAGUCAUAGACAUAAGUUCCCUCACGAAAAGCGAUCCAAAUUUCGUGCUUACUCUGGACGACGCUCGCCGCUGGCUCACCGUGGAACAGGGACCAUUUCGGCCCACUCUUCUCUUGUUCAAGUUUGGAUGGGCCGAUCACCCGUCGUAUGGUCUGAAUUACAAAUGUUACUGUCAGAUGCCUGGAAUCAGCUUCGGUCUGGCGGCGUGGAUAGCAGUCAACCUGAGCCACGUGGUGGGUGUAGCCACAGACACACCCAGUCUGGAGUCGGAGGAGACACGGAAUGCGACGGCUAAGACUGUAUCGGCUCUGUUUGGCAAAAGUGGCGUUUACAUGAUAGAAAAUGUGGAUGCGAGGAGGAACUUACCAGAAAAGGGCUGCAUGGCGUUGGUUUCGCCCAUGAAGGUUCUAGAUGGGAAUUUCGUGCCGUGCCGCUUCACCGCCUUCUGCCCGCGCCGCCGCCAAGAUAAAGUGGAGAUAAUCGUCGCUCCUCGACCUCACUAA